AUGCAACAAAUUCAAACAUUGAACGCUGAAGUUUUUAAGUGGUUAAAUGAUCUUCCUUUGGAGAAAUGGACUAUGUACCUUGAUAACGGUCAUAAAUGGGGUUCUUUGACAACCAAAGUAUCUGAGUCGUAUAAUGGUGUGUUGAAGAAAGCAAGGGGGCUUCCAAUCACAGCUAUGGUUCGCUUGACAGUUAAAGCUUUGAUUGAUCGUUUUGUUGAACGAAGCACCCUUGCUAAUGCUUUACUUGAACAAAAUAAGUCUUGGCCUCUUAGCGUGGAAAAACGAUUCAAUGAAAAUUGGAGAAAAGCUCAAGCACAUACUGGAAUGAUGAACUAUAGUACUACUCCAGCUGUAUUUGAGAUCCUUACAUUUGCACACAAUGGCAAAGGAGGAAAUGUUCACAAAAAUUUUGCAGAUGCCAAAAUAUGUUCUUGUGGCAAAUGGGUAAAUUAUCAUAUACCUUGCUCUCAUGCAAUCAAACUUUGUGGUCUUUGUGGUAUCGAGCCAAAAACUUAUGUGAGCAAAUACUACACCACGAAGUAUUACAAACGAACCUAUAAUGCUACUUUUACGCCAGUGGGGGAUGAAAUUUAUUGGCCUCCUGUCACAUUUAGUUUGGUUGCAAAUAAUGAAUAUUUGCGAACAUCUACUAAUCAAUGCACAAGGCGACGCAAGAAUGAAAUGGAUAUCGCUCCAGCUCGCAUGUCAAGAAAGUGUAGUAUAUGCAAGGAAACGAGACACACCAAGGUUCGUUGUCCUCGUAGAAAUCCUUUGUAA